AUGGCAGGAAUAGACGGCGAUCCUGAUUUCGUUUCCAUCCGUGAAUACUAUGCCUAUAAAUUGCAAAUGAGAAAUGAUGAUGAAUCUUUCUUAUUGCACUUUGGUAGGCUAUUUCAGCAAUAUGUUGUUGAUAUGUAUGUUAAACUUGAAUCACAAAGAUUAGAUUAUUUGAGAACCCAGCAAGAAGAAUUUAGAAAAGAGUUCUUACAAGGUAUAGUAGACUCAAUAGGUACUGGUGAAGUCCGGGCAGCAAAUGUCGGUCAAAGAGUAUUUUUACCAGCUAGCUUUAUUGGAGGACCAAGAAAUAUGAGAAGAAAAUACAUAGAUGCAAUGACUUUGGUCCAAAAAUUUGGCAAGCCGGAUAUAUUCUUGACCAUGACUUGCAAUCCCAAUUGGCCGGAAAUAAAAGAACAUUUACUGCCGACAGAAGAAGCCCAAAAUCGACCAGAUUUGGUUGUAAGGGUCUUUCGUGCUAAACUAGAAGAAUUAAAGAAUGAACUUUUGAAGAAAAAUAUUUUCAGAGAAGUAGCAACCUAUACAUAUGUGAUAGAAUUUCAAAAAAGAGGCCUGCCAGAUAUUCAUUUUCUUUUAAUCUUAAAGCCUCAGCACAAAAUGUUCAUCCCUGAUGAAUAUGAUAAAAUUGUCAGUGCAGAAAUUCCAGAUAAAACAAAAUAUCCGCACCUGUACAGAAUGGUUAAAAAACACAUGAUGCAUGGCCCUUGUGGUGUGUUGAACCCAUCAAAUGCUGUCAAAUAUAUUUACAAGUAUAUCUGCAAAGGGCAUGAUCGAAUCAGUUUCCAUAUCAAUUCUGAUAAUCCAACCAAUCAGAUUGAUGAAAUUCAGCAAUAUCAGGCAGCUCGGUGGGUUUCGCCGCCUGAGGCUGUUUGGAGACUAUUUCGAUUUUCCAUAGACGAGAUUAAACCAGCUAUCAUUCACCUACAAUUGCAUCUUCCAAAUUUUCAGCCAAUUCACUUCAAGAAGCAUGAAAAUUUAAAUAACAUAGUGAAAAACCCAAGAAAUAGGAAGACAACGUUGACUGAAUUUUUCUAUAUGAAUAGAAUGGAUUCAGUUGCACAAGAACUAAAUUGCACAUAUGCUCAAUUUCCAGACCAUUUUGUGUGGUUAGCUGAUGAAAAACGCUGGAAAAUUAGAGAUAAGGGAGAUUCUAUAGACCGAAUAAAUAUAGCUCAUCCAUCUGAGGGAGAAAGAUAUUACCUUAGACUUCUUUUGUCUAAAGUCCGUGCUCCAAAGUCUUUUGAAGACUUAAUGACUCACAAUGGAGUGCAAGUUACCACCUUUCAUGAGGCAGCUCUCUUGCGUGGCCUCCUUGAGUAG